AGCGGCGGCGGCGGCGGCGGUAGGCCCGGCCCCGGGAUGGCGAUGUUCCGCAGCCUGGUGGCUUCGGCUCAGCAGCGACAGCCGCCGGGCGGGCCGGCGGGCGGCGACAGCGGCUUGGAGGCGCAGUACAGCUGCCCAAUCUGCCUGGAGGUGUACCACCGGCCUGUGGCCAUCGGCAGCUGCGGCCACACGUUCUGCGGGGAGUGCCUCCAGCCCUGCCUCCAGGUGCCGUCCCCCCUCUGCCCGCUGUGCCGCCUGCCCUUCGACCCCAAGAAGGUGGACAAGGCUGCGCAUGUGGAGAAGCAGCUCUCGUCCUACAAGGCACCUUGCAGAGGCUGCAGCAAGAAGGUGACGCUGGCCAAGAUGAGGGUGCACGUCUCCUCUUGCAUGAAGGUCCAGGAGCAAAUGGCUAACUGUCCCAAGUUUGUCCCCGUGGUGCCCACGUCCCAGCCCAUCCCCAGCGCCGUCCCCAACAGGUCCACCUUCACCUGCCCCUACUGCGGCGCCCGCAACCUGGACCAGCAGGAGCUGCUCAAGCACUGUGUGGACAACCACCGCAGCGACCCCAACCGCGUGGUGUGCCCCAUCUGCUCGGCAAUGCCCUGGGGGGACCCCAGCUACAAGAGCGCCAACUUCCUGCAGCACCUGCUGCACCGGCACAAGUUCUCCUACGACACCUUCGUGGAUUACAGCAUCGACGAGGAAGCCGCCUUCCAGGCUGCCCUGGCCCUGUCUCUGUCCGAGAACUGAAGGCACAGCCCAGCCCCUGGACCUGACCCCUCCGGCCUCGGGAGACUGGGCCACCCCCAGGGACUGGGCCUCCUGCGCCUGCGCGGGACAAGCGGAGCCUCCUGUGUUGCAGGACAGGUGGUCCCCGAGCCCGCCAGGGCCGUGGUCCUUGGAGGGUGGACACCAGUGCUCCCGGCCGAGCGCGGCUGGCUCCCUCGGUGCUUCGGGCUGAGCAGGUGGCCCUCGCUGGGCCCGAGAGCGCGGGCGGUCUGUCUCCAAGCCAUGCUGUCCUCGUCCGACUCGGUGCGCCCCAGCGGGGUCCCGCAGGCCUAUGCGGAGCAGGAAGCGCCAGGGGAGCCCCGCCCACCAUGGGGGGGCGCUUCCAGUUCACCCGCUCGGGACUGGCUUUUGUGAUACUUAGAAUUCUGGCAUUUUUCUAUACUAUCCAGCGUGGUGAUCUUUCCACAUUUUAUAGAGCAAAGACCGAGCAGUUACUGCUCGUACUGCAAUACCCGUGUUUGACUAGACAAUAGUAUUUUUAUGGAACAUUUACAAAAUUAUAUUUUUUAAAAAAACAAUCAAAAAUAAAUAGUUGUGGGGUCUGUGCGGGGGAGCAAAAGGCGCCGACGCCAGAGCCAGAGCGCGCCCCGGGGCUUUGCUCAGACAGAUCCUGGCGCUGCUCUGCUGGGUUCCCCUUCCUAACUGCCAGGAGGAACCCCCGGGGCCCCCAGCUGCUCCCAGCA